AUGAAAAAGAACCCAUACAUAUAUUUGAAGGAGAUAGAAUUAAAGUUUAGUCCCACGGACAAAAAUAUAAGACAAAGUGUAAGAUUUGAAUCAGGUUCUCUGCCACAGAACUUUUCAGUUGAACACGGCGUUUGGGAACCAAUGGAAGAAGGACCCAACGUAGAAAUUACGAAUAGGGGUCUGACAGGAUUUGCAAUACCAGCUAAAAUUGCGAGUCCCAAAGUUAUGACUCCCAAAGUCGUCAGUAAAAUAAAAAGUAAUUCCGUAAAGAAAACGGAAGAUGAUAGUGAAUUAGGAAAUAUCGUCUGA